AUGGAGGACGAGGCCGUGCUGGACCGUGGGGCCUCCCUCGUCAAGCACCUCUGUGACCAGGAGGAGGUGGAAGGUCAUCAUACCAUCUACAUCGGCGUGCGGGUGCCUAAGAGCUACCGGCGUCGUCGGCGCCACCGCCGGCGCGCGGCUGGCCAGAAAGACAGAAAGGACCGUCCGACGGAGAACGUUUCGGACAAUGAGAACAACGAUGAGACCGGCAACGACAUCUUUAAGCCUCUCAUCUCGCCGGCCGCUGAGAGGAUCCGCUUCAUCCUCGGGGAGGACGAUGAUGGCCCACCGCCCCCGCAGCUCUUCACUGAGCUGGAUGAGCUGCUGUCGGUGGAUGGACAGGAGAUGGAGUGGAAGGAGACCGCCAGGUGGAUCAAGUUUGAGGAGAAGGUGGAAAAAGGCGGCGAGCGCUGGAGCAAACCUCACGUGGCCACCUUGUCACUGCACAGCCUGUUUGAGCUGCGUACCUGCAUCGAGAAAGGCAGCAUCAUGCUGGACAUGGAGGCCUCCACUUUGCCUCAGGUGGUCGAGCUGAUCACCAACAAUCAGAUCGAGAGCGGUCAGCUGAAAGCGGAGCUAAAGGACAAGGUGAUGUACACGCUGCUGCGCAGGCAUCGCCACCAGACCAAGAAGUCCAACCUGCGCUCACUGGCUGACAUCGGCAAGACCGUCUCCAGCGCAAGUAGGCUCUUUUCCAACCAGGACAACGAUAGUCCCAGCAGCACCCACAGGAACCUGACCUCCAGCAGCCUCAACGAUAUCUCGGACAAGCCGGAGAAAGAGCAGUUGAGGAACAAGUUCAUGAAGAAGCUACCCAGGGAUGCUGAGGCCUCUAACGUGCUGGUUGGUGAGGUGGACUUCCUGGACGCACCUUUCGUGGCCUUCGUGCGGCUGCAGCAGGCCGUCAUGCUGGGCGCCCUCACCGAAGUUCCCGUUCCCACCAGGUUUUUAUUCAUCCUGCUCGGGCCCAAAGGUAAAGCCAAGUCAUAUCACGAGAUCGGACGAGCCAUCGCUACGCUUAUGUCGGACGAGGUAUUCCACGACAUAGCGUACAAGGCCAAGGACCGGCAAGACCUACUGGCCGGUAUCGAUGAGUUCUUGGACGAGGUGGUGGUGCUGCCCCCUGGCGAGUGGGAUCCCGCCAUACGGAUAGAACCUCCAAAAACGUUGCCCUCCUCUGACAAAAGAAAAAACAUGUAUGCGGGUGGAGACGCCCAGAUGAACGGCGACACGCCUCAUGACGGAGGUCAAGGAGGUGGCGGGCACGGCGUGAGCGAGGAGCUGGAGAAGACGGGAAGGUUUUGCGGUGGCCUGCUGCUGGACAUCAAAAGAAAAGCGCCUUUCUUGCUGAGCGACAUCACAGACGCCUUUCACAUCCAGGCCCUGUCCGCCAUUCUCUUCAUCUACCUGGGCACGGUCACCAACGCCAUUACUUUUGGCGGACUUCUUGGCGACGCGACCGAGAACAUGCAGGGUGUUCUGGAGAGCUUCCUGGGCACGGCCAUUGCGGGAGGAGUCUUCUGCCUGCUGGCUGGCCAGCCACUCACCAUCCUCAGCAGCACCGGACCCGUCCUGGUCUUUGAACGCCUCCUCUUCAACUUCAGCAAGGACAACGAGUUCAACUACCUGGAGUUCCGGCUGUGGAUCGGGCUGUGGUCCGCGUUCCUGUGCCUGGUGCUGGUGGCCACGGAUGCCAGCUACCUGGUCAAGUACUUCACCCGUUUCACCGAGGAAGGCUUCUCGGCCCUCAUCAGCUUCAUCUUCAUCUACGACGCCUUCAAGAAGAUGAUCAAGCUGGCGCAUCACUACCCCAUCAACUCUGACUUCCGCCUGGAGCAUGUCACGCAGUACGACUGCCUCUGCAUGGCGCCCACUGUCCUCGAAGGCACCUCCAUUUGGUUUUGGAACAACACGGAUCUGCCCAUGAACGCCACGUGGUCCUCGCUAAGCCGCAGUGACUGCUUGAAGUACAAGGGCGAGCUGGUGGGCAAAGCGUGCGACUUUGUCCCCGACAUCGCGCUUAUGUCCUGCAUCCUCUUCUUCGGCACUUACACCUGCUCCAUGGCGCUGAAGAAGUUCAAGUUCAGCCCCUUCUUCCCUACCACUGUCAGGAAACUGGUCAGCGACUUUGCCAUCAUCUUGACCAUCCUCAUCUUCUGUGGCGUGGAUGUCAUGGUCGGCGUGGACACGCCUAAACUCAUUGUGCCCACUGAAUUCAAGCCGACGAGUCCCCUCCGAGGCUGGUUCGUGCCUCCGUUUGGGGGCAACCCCUGGUGGGUGUACCUGGCAUCGGCCCUACCAGCCCUCCUGGUCACCAUCUUGAUCUUCAUGGACCAGCAGAUCACGGCCGUCAUCGUUAACAGGAAGGAGCACAAGCUGAAGAAAGGCGCAGGCUACCAUCUGGAUUUGUUCUGGGUGGCCGUCCUGAUGGUGGUGUGCUCCUUCAUGGGCCUGCCGUGGUACGUGGCGGCCACCGUCAUUUCCAUCGCUCACAUCGACAGCUUGAAGAUGGAGACGGAAACAUCGGCGCCCGGCGAGCAGCCAAAGUUCUUGGGAGUUAGGGAGCAGAGGGUGACUGGCGUCUGUGUCUUCAUCCUCACCGGACUCUCCGUCUUCAUGGCUCCCAUUUUAAAGUUCAUCCCCAUGCCGGUGCUUUACGGAGUCUUCCUUUACAUGGGAGUGGCCUCUCUCAAAGGAGUUCAGUUUAUGGACCGUCUGAAGCUGUUGCUGAUGCCGGCCAAGCACCAGCCUGACCUUAUUUACCUGCGCCACGUGCCCCUAAGGAAGGUGCACCUGUUCACCUUCAUCCAGGCGCUCUGCCUGGCUCUGCUCUGGAUCCUCAAGUCCACUGUUGCCGCCAUCAUUUUUCCCGUCAUGAUCCUGGCAUUGGUGGCAGUGAGGAGAGCCAUGGACUACAUGUUCUCACAGCAUGACCUCAGCUUCCUGGAUGACGUCAUCCCUGAAAAGGACAAGAAGAAGAAGGAGGAUGAGAAAAAGAAGGGCGACGGCGUAGACAGUGACGGCGAUGAUACGAGAAGUCAGCUUCUCUCCUCGAGCGACACACCUCGUGCUGAGAGGCUUCGUUACUACCAGGCCAACUGCUUGUCCAGCCCCGAGAUGAGUCCGCUGAAGCCGGUGCCUCAGAUUAGAAUAGACAUGGACCCGGACGAGGGCAAUCCAUUCUACUGGCGGAACCGGGGAUCCGAGACGUCUCUGUAG